GGACGCUCCAGCGCCCGCGGACAGGUCCACGCCCGGCUCCCGCACCCGGCGCCCCGCGCCCCGCGCCCCGCGCCGCCGCCGCCGCCGCCGCCGCCAUGGGGGCCUGCCUAGGCGCCUGCUCCCUGCUCAGCUGCGCAUCCUGCCUCUGCGGCUCUGCCCCCUGCAUCCUGUGCAGCUGCUGCCCCUCCAGCCGCAACUCCACCGUGAGCCGCCUCCUGUUCACUGGCUUCCUCUUCCUGGGCGUGCUGGUCUCCAUCAUCAUGCUGAGCCCCAGCGUGGAGAGUCAGCUGCACAAGCUGCCCUGGGUGUGCGAGGAUGUGGCCCAGACCCCCGUGGUUCUGCAGGGCCCCCUGGACUGCGGCUCCCUGCUGGGCUUCCGUGCCGUCUACCGCAUGUGUUUUGCCACCGCGGCCUUCUUCUUCCUUUUUACCUUGCUCAUGGUGUGCGUGCGCAGUAGCCGGGACCCCCGGGCUGCCAUCCAGAAUGGGUUUUGGUUCUUUAAAUUCCUGGUCCUCGUGGGCAUCACUGUGGGCGCCUUCUACAUACCUGAUGGCUCCUUCCCUAAGAUCUGGUUCUACUUCGGCGUUGUGGGCUCCUUCCUCUUCAUCCUCAUCCAGCUCAUCCUGUUUGUCGACUUUGCCCACUCCUGGAACCAGCGGUGGCUGGGAAAGGCCGAGGAGUGUGAUUCCCGCGCCUGGUACGCAGGCCUCUUCUUCUUCACCUUCCUCUUCUACACGCUCUCCAUUGCGGCUAUCGCCCUGAUGUUCGUCUACUACACGAAGCCGGGCAUCUGCCACGAGGGCAAGAUCUUUGUCAGCCUCAACCUCACCUUCUGCGUCUGCGUCUCCAUCAUCGCUGUCCUGCCCAAGGUCCAGGAGGCCCAGCCCAACUCAGGUCUGCUGCAGGCCUCCGUUGUCACACUGUACACGAUGUUUGUCACCUGGUCGGCCCUGUCUAAUGUCCCUGACCAGAAGUGCAACCCUCACCUGCCGGCCCCCCAGAGCAACGAGACGCUCCCAGCAGGCCCUGAAUACUACGAGACGCAGUGGUGGGACGCCCCGAGCAUCGUGGGCCUCAUCAUCUUCAUCCUGUGCACCUUCUUCAUCGGCCUGCGCUCAUCUGACCACCGGCAGGUGAACAGCCUGAUGCAGACGGAGGAGUGUCCUGAGGCCACGCAGCAGCAGCAGCAGGUGGUGGCCUGCGAGGGCCGAGCCUUUGACAAUGAGCAGGAUGGUGUCACCUACAGUUACUCCUUCUUCCACUUCUGCCUGGUGCUGGCCUCCCUGCACGUCAUGAUGACGCUCACCAACUGGUACAGCCCCGGUGAGACUCAAAAGAUGAUCAGCACGUGGACGGCCGUGUGGGUGAAGAUCUGUGCCAGUUGGGCAGGGCUGUGCCUCUACCUGUGGACUCUGGUGGCCCCCCUGCUGCUGCCCAACCGAGACUUCAGCUGAGGCAGUACCUUGUGCUUCACAUACAGUAGCCGCCAGCCUGCCCGACAGCAUCAGCCAAGCUGAGCCCCCUGCCCUCAUCCACAAUGUGCCCAGAGCUGGGCAUCUUUGUUCUUAGUGCCUUAGGGUCUGAGCAGUGGUGACAGCUCAUACCUGAGCCCCAGUCUCCACCACCCCUGAACCAUGAGCUGCCUCUUCCUUCCCUGCCCCUGCUCAUCCACAGGGGAGUCCCCUUAUCUCCGAGUCCUGAGUAGAGACUGAGGAGAUAACUGGUGAGAGCAGCUCAGAGGACAGCAAACACAUGUAGGUGUCCCUGAACCUGAGGCCAGGCCUUCCUGGACCCGCCCCCUUCCUGGACCAUGUGCCUUACUGAAUCUCUGAGAUUCUGCCCAAUAAACCUGUAUGUAUGCCUCCCCACGUCCUGUUCCCUCACCCUGGCUCCUACCGUCAUGGGGGAAACAGGAGGGGGAGGGUGCUGGGACCCAUGCCCGGGCCCUCUCCCUUGGGUCCUGGACAGCCUGGGAGGUGGGGGCCAGCGGAAAAGGAGGAGCAGACAAGGGCUUGGGAAAGAGGGAG